GUACAACGACAAUUGACUGUAAUUACUUUUCAAGCAUCACGAAAACGACGAAAACAACGGGAAUUGUGUAUGGAAGUGCGUUUGAGUUUUGACCGAUUGCGCCGCAGUUAAUUUUAACCGGUGAAGUGUGUGAUGAGGAAUGAAAGUGAAUAGUAACUUUAAAGUGUGAUUUUUUAUCAAAGGGAACAAUUUAAAAUUCAUACCAGAAUUAUUACAUUUCAAAAAUGGCAACUUUGGAGCAGCAGGCUUCAAAACUAUUGGAUUUCAAUCAAAAGCUGGACAUCAACUUACUUGAUAAUAUAGUUGGUUGUUUAUAUUCUACAGUGGGGGAACAACAGAGGUUCGCUCAAGACAUUCUUACAGCUUUGAAAGAACAUCCUGAUGCUUGGACUAGAGUUGAUACAAUACUUGAGUUUUCUCAGAAUCAAGAAACAAAGUACUAUGCUCUUCAAAUACUGGAGCAAGUGAUCCAAACAAGGUGGAAAAUAUUACCCAGAAAUCAAUGUGAAGGUAUUAAAAAGUAUAUUGUCGGCCUUAUAAUAAAAAAUUCAUCAGAUCCUGUUACCAUGGAGAAUAAUAAAGUAUACUUGAAGAAGCUUAACAUGAUAUUAAUUCAAGUUCUGAAAAGAGAGUGGCCUCACAAUUGGGAGUCUUUCAUAAGUGAUAUUGUGGGGGCAUCUAAAACAAACGAGAGUUUGUGUCAAAAUAACAUGGUUAUUUUAAAACUACUCAGUGAAGAAGUAUUUAUGUUUAGCAUUGGUCAGUUAACUCAAACUAAAACCAAGCAUCUGAAGGAUACUAUGUGUUCUGAAUUCAGUCAAAUAUUUCAGCUUUGCCAAUUUGUCCUUGAAAAUUCACAAAAUGCCCCCUUAGUGGAUGCAACCUUGCAUACACUUCUCAGAUUCUUAAAUUGGAUUCCGUUAGGAUAUAUCUUUGAAAUGAAAUUGAUAACUACACUAAUUUUCAAGUUUUUAAAUGUCCCUAUGUUCCGUAAUGUCACAUUGAGUUGCUUGACUGAAAUAGCUGGUGUAACAGUUUCUAAUUACGAAGAGCAAUUUGUUGCUCUCCUUGUACAAACUAUGGAACAAUUGGAGAUCAUGUUGCCCCUAACUACAAAUAUAAGGGAGGCCUACGCAGCAGGCCGAGAUCAAGAGCAAGCCUUCAUACAAAACCUUGCAUUAUUCCUCUGCACUUAUCUAAAAGAACAUGGUCAACUAAUUGAAAAGCGUGGAUUGACUAAUACACUUAUGAAUGCUCUUCGAUAUUUAGUGUUGAUUUCAGAAGUUGAAGAGGUUGAGAUAUUCAAAAUAUGUCUAGAGUUUUGGAAUGCUCUAACUGCUGAUUUAUACAAAAUAGUACCCUGUUCACAUUCAGCAGGAUUUUACAGCCUCGGUAAAAGUGUGGGCAGAAAAGCUUUGUAUUCUGAUGUUCUGAGUAGUGUGCGUUAUAUCAUGAUCUCAAGAAUGGCAAAACCGGAAGAAGUCUUGGUUGUUGAGAAUGAAAAUGGGGAAGUUGUACGAGAAUUUAUGAAAGAUACUGAUUCUAUCAAUCUUUAUAAGAACAUGAGAGAAACAUUGGUGUAUUUAACACAUUUAGAUUUUGCAGAUACUGAACGUAUCAUGACUGAAAAACUACAAAAGCAAGUAAAUGGCACCGAAUGGUCAUGGAAAAAUCUAAAUACACUUUGCUGGGCAAUAGGGUCCAUAUCUGGAGCAAUGUUGGAAGAAGAUGAAAAGCGAUUUCUUGUUAUCGUUAUAAAAGACUUACUAGGAUUGUGUGAACAGAAGAAAGGUAAAGACAACAAAGCUAUAAUUGCUAGUAACAUAAUGUAUGUUGUUGGCCAAUAUCCACGGUUUUUGAGGGCUCAUUGGAAGUUCUUAAAAACUGUUGUGAAUAAACUUUUUGAAUUCAUGCAUGAGACCCAUGAUGGUGUUCAAGACAUGGCUUGUGACACUUUUAUUAAAAUAGCCCUCAAGUGUCGCCGCCAUUUCGUCACUACACAGGUGGGAGAGGCUUGUCCAUUUAUUGAUGAAAUUUUGAGCACAAUUAGCUCUAUAAUCUGUGAUCUUCAAACUCUGCAAGUUCAUACUUUUUAUGAGGCUGUGGGAUAUAUGAUAAGUGCACAAGUGGAUCAAGUUGCUCAGGAACAGCUGAUUGAAAAGUAUAUGUUAUUGCCGAACCAAGUAUGGGAUGAUAUAAUAUCUCAAGCAUCUCAUAAUGUUGAUAUACUGAAAGAUCCUGAAGCUGUGAAACAACUUGUAAGCAUAUUAAAAACAAAUGUCAGUGCUUGCCGUGCACUGGGACACCCAUAUGUUGUACAAUUAGGCAGGAUAUAUUUGGAUAUGCUUAAUGUGUACAAGGUCAUGUCCGAAAAUAUAAGCCAAGCCAUUGCUCUAAAUGGUGUCAUAGUGACAAAACAGCCACUAAUCAAAAACAUGAGAAUAAUAAAGAAAGAAACCUUAAAAUUAAUUGCCAGUUGGGUAUCUCGCUCAACUGAUAACAGCAUGGUUUUGGAAAAUUUCAUUCCACCCCUGCUUGAUGCCGUCCUUUUGGAUUAUCAAAAAACAUCAGUUCCAGAUGCAAGAGAACCAGAGGUGUUGUCUUGUAUGGCUGCGAUUGUGUAUAAGCUUGGUGGCCAUAUAACUUCAGAAGUACCCAAAAUUUUUGAUGCUGUUUUUGAGUGUACUUUGGCAAUGAUCAACAAGGACUUUGAGGAAUAUCCUGAACACAGAACUGAAUUUUUCCUUCUACUACAGGCUGUUAAUACACAUUGCUUCAAAGCAUUCCUUAGCAUACCCCCAGCACAGUUUAAACUUGUGCUUGAUUCCAUUAUUUGGGCAUUUAAACAUACAAUGAGAAAUGUGGCUGACACUGGGCUUCAAAUUUUGCACAGACUGUUACAAAAUGUUGAACAACAUAUACAGGCCGCUCAGAGCUUCUACCAAACAUAUCUCUGUGAUAUUCUAGAACAUGUAUUUAGUGUUGUGACAGACACAUCUCAUGGGGCAGGUCUCACAAUGCAUGCAACAAUAUUGGCCUACAUCUUUUCGUUGGUAGAAUCUGGUCAUGUCACAGUGCCACUUGGACGUACCCCUGAUAAUGUUCUAUACAUUCAGGAAUAUGUUGCUAACCUUCUCAAAACAGCAUUCCCUCACCUAUCUGACAAUCAAGUGAAAAUAACAGUGCAGGGUCUGUUCAAUCUGAAUCAUGAUAUUCCAGCAUUUAAGGAUCAUCUAAGAGAUUUCCUAGUACAAAUCAGGGAAUACACUGGAGAAGAUGACAGUGACUUGUACUUGGAAGAAAGAUUAUUUGCAUUGCGUCAGGCUGAUGAAGAAAAACGCAAAGCCCAGCUUUCAGUGCCUGGUAUCAUCAACCCUCAUGAACUUCCUGAAGAAAUGCAGGAUUAAAUUAUUGUUAAAUCAUAUGGUAGCAGUUCACAUAAUAAUAUAUGCAGACCUUUGAUUUUUUUUUUAUAAUUCACAACUUUUUAUAGAUGUCACAAUAAUUCACAUUUACAUAAGAAUAUUAUAUUCUGACAUUAUAAUAUACUAUUUGUAUUAAGCUAUUAAAAACCCAUUCAUAAUAUUGUAAAUUAAAUAAAUAUUUAUCAAAAUAAUCAUAGUGUGUGUGUAGGAGUCACUCUAACUGCACUACAAUUGUCUUUGAGUAGUAUUGUUGAAAAUUUAAUUAAGUAUUUAAUGAUACACUAAAUAGUGUUAUAAAAUCUGUUGACAUAAUAUAAUUUAGUGAUGCAUGAUUUAAUUUUUAAAUUUAAAGUCAUUAAUAAAUUAAUGAAAUCUCUGCAAUGUGUGACUUAAACCCAACUUAAUACAGUUCCCCAAAUGAUUGGCACAAAGUGUUAUGAUCGACAGAAAGCAAUUGUAUAUUAAUAUUGUGAGCUGUUAUCAUUAUUUUAGAAAACUCGUGCUUAGAUUAAAUAUAACCUUAUUGUGUUAGAUUGUACAGAGGGUCGUCUGGUUAAAUGUAAGAUGAUGUAUGCAAGAGGAAGGUUAUAAUUUACGAACCUUUGCAGAUAAGGUGUAUUUUGUAAGCACAGGGUGUUAAUAAAUAUUAUAGCAUAUGGCCUUUAAUAUUAAGAAGGAAAUCGUGCAUCAAUUUACUUUGCUAGAUGUAUUAAUCCCUUGCAAUAAAAUAUUUCUCCAACUACCUUUUGUAAUAGGUCAUUUCUCUGUGAUGGUGUUUGUCAUUCUGUAAUCAAGAAAUUGUUUGAAGUAAAUUGAAUAGCAGUUUCUAUUUUUUCAAUGUUGUCGAACUAAUUUUAAUGGAAUAGGAAUCUAACGCUUCAGAGGUUUCCAAAAAGAUUUUUGCGCCUGAUCAAUGGAAUCUUUCAAUUUUGUGUUUGAAAUAAACCAAUAAAUACAA